AUGCCCGGAGCGGGCGUAUUUUGGAAACAAUACCGCGCGGUGCGCCGUGGCCUCCUCUCGCGCCAGCUCGCGCCUGCAGCAGCCGCUGCCCUAGCUCGUACCACCGCCUCCCGCCGCAGCCCGCUGGAGUUUGCCCCCUCCUUCCCUAUCGAGUGUGGGCGCCAAGCCCCCCGAGCGCUCGUCACCCUGGACCCUGGCGCAGAGCCCUGGCAUCACGACUCGGAGGCAGAGACUCUGUCCUGGAGUCACCCAGGAGAGAUGGAGCCACCGCAGUGUGUGGAGGAGCUGGAAGAUGAUGUGUUCCAGCCAGAGGAUGGGGAGCCAGGGACACAACCUGGGAGCUUGCUCUCUGCCGACCUGUUUGCCCAGAGCCAGCUGGACUGCCCCCUCAGCCGGCUCCAGCUCUUCCCUCUCACUCAUUGCUGUGGUCCUGGGCUCCGGCCCAUAAGCCAGGAAGACAAGGCCACCCAGACCCUCAGCCCAGCUUCCCCAAGCCAGGGUGUUAUGCUGCCUUGUGGGGUGACAGAGGAACCCCAGAGACUCUUUUACGGCAAUGCCGGCUACAGGCUUCCGCUCCCUGCCAGUUUCCCGGCAGGCUUGCCCCUUGGGGAGCAGCCCCCUGAAGGACAGUGGCAGCAUCGGGCAGAGGUACAGAUCGCCAGAAAGCUUCAGUGCAUUGCAGACCAGUUUCAUCGGCUUCAUAUACAACAACACCAGCAGAACCGAGACCGAGCGUGGUGGCAGGUCUUCCUCUUCCUGCAAAACCUGGCCUUGAACAGAGAAGAAAACAGGGAAGGGGCGGGUCCCUGGUGAGGCUGGGUGGCCCUUGUUGGAUGGAGCCCCAGGAACGCAGUCUGGAACAGGACAGUCAUCUGGGAGGACGGACACUGUCUGGUCGAGUUUUGUUAUUUUCAGUUCUUUUCCCUGUGUGUACAUAUAACAUACCCCAGUGGGAUCUUCUCCUCUGUUCAGAACCCCCACUGGGAACGGGGGUCUUUGUCAAACACUGUUGGAGGACAGGCGGCUGUGUCUGCUGGUGGGGCUCCUGAGACUCUGGCGAUGGUGAUGUUCUCCAGGAAGUGGACUGAGGCUUUCCUGCUGGAGCCGGUUAGGAAAUAGGAGGCCAGGUUAGACCCCCCCAGAACCACCAAAUGUGUCAGCCUUCCCUCAUGCCUGAUGGAAACACAGCUUUAACCCACCAGGACCUUGGCCAGGGGCUUCCUGGCUGAGAACAGCGAUGCCUUGGCUAGCCAGCCCUAUGUCUGGGUUCCCACUUGGCACUGCCAGUGCCCACCGCAUGGGCUCAGGGAUUGUUACCCAGACCCUGUCACCUCCAGAAGACCUCAGGGAGGGUUGGACUUCUCCAAGAACCUCUCAAAGGUGCCUCAAAAUGGAGUCAAGCUUGAUAGGUCUCAAGUCUGACUUGGUCCCACAUGGAAGCCCCUUGAUUGGUCCCAGGGUGCAAACUACUGCCGCCUUUGCUGCCUGGGGGUCAGCCGUGUGUGAGCCAAGAAGUCGGUCACCAUCGCGUUGGGCCCAGCGGCCUGUGCCUCUGUCGGUUGUCUUCCAAAGACCCUGCCAACUGCUGGAUUGGAUUGGACACCCACCUUGGCAGCAGCACUCUGAGACGGGGUGGAUUCGCAGGGGGCGUGGGAAUGGAGCAGCCGCCCCACUGAUCAGUCAGCCCCAGGGGAGCCUAGACCUCUUGGUUUCCUUGGAAACGUGUACCUCCUCCCCCUUAUCCCCAUUCCUUUUUUCGUACCUAGUGGGAUACCGGAAGAAGCUAGGACAUGGCUUUGUCAGCUGAAAAGUGACCUUGGAAGUAACAGACGGCAGCGUCUAGAUCACGGAACCCGCAGAGCUGGGGACGCAUUUCCUACCUUCCUUCAGCUUCCCGCGAGGCCGGAAGAGAGAGUUCUUGAGCCCAGCGGGAUCUCAGCUGCCUCUGAACUUCUCUCCCUGCUGCAGCACUCAGGGAGGGGACUGAAAGCGGCUGGCCUUCCUCACAGGGCAUCUCCUAACCUGGAAAUCAAGUCAUAAUCCUUCUCUCUGUAAGGAAAGACAUUGGUGCUAAAGACAGGGUUCAAAGGAAAGAUGGCUUCCCCGAGCAAAGAAGACUCCAGGGUCAUUCAAGGAAUUUGGAGGAGGAACUCAGAGCAGACUCAAGUUGAACAAGCCCAGUAACUCUCAUUUCUGCAGAGAGGGAGUGGUGGUGUCUUCAGUCCUGGGUGUGCAGUUGGACAGGAUUUCCACUGCACAGGGGUAUGAGGGGAUCACAGAGGCUGAAGUCCGGCCUGUGCUCUGCUCUCGGGGCUGUAUGUCCUGAUGUGGGGCUGAUCUGCUCACAGUUAGGGAUGUCUUUCCUAAUUUACACAAAGGUACCGUAUGCACUCACAACGGUCCUGCCUUCGAAGGACCUCAAAAUACGUGUAUAAGCCUUUGUGUCUUUCUGCUCAGAUGAUCUGGAGAUAUUACCUCUUCUUGGCCACAAUCAUUUUCUCAGGGUGUAUACCAUGGUUCGUCUGCUAAGAAGGUGGGUUCCUGUUUGCAAGGAGAAGGGACCUAACUAAUGAGUAUGAAGACUGGUUCUGGGGCACACUUACCAUUGUGAAGCCCAGCCUUCCUAUUUCUCUCCCAUGCAGUUUUGAUGUGUGUGGGACAUAUGUGGUCCUCCUCUUUUCUGGAUCAAGGCUACGACAGGCAGGCUUCUGGUAUGUGCUUGGCACAUGUGCUGUGGUAUAUGUGUGCCACCCCCCCUACAGAACCAUGUACAUAAGUCAUCUUUAAAACCUCUUAGCAGACUUUAUAUCUGUCUGUGCCAGGGCGCAGAGGUCAGCUUCAGAGACCUUGCCAGGCACAGGCUGGGUGCCCUGUGGUCUGUCCUGAGAACUGAGCCCAGAGUUUGACCUGAACAUUGAGUCUGGGGCCAGGUGGAAGCUGGUUGGAAUGCACUGCCUCCACUUUGGACCUAGCCAGGACCAAACUCACUAACUUGGGCGAGCCAGGGUGAAAUUUAAAGCCUCUUUUAUCUUCCUCCAACUCGAAUCCAGGCUGGGGUUGAAGACCAAUAGUAGAGUGCUUGCCUAGCAGUCAAAAGACCCUUGGAUGGAUCCCUGGGACUGUAAAAUAUAAAUAAACAGGAACACAGCCCUCCGCCCCGCCCCCAGCACCACCACUGCGAGCCCUAGGAGGUAGCUGGCAGCCCAGCCCCAAGAGGCAGAGGUUCCCCCUGGCUGGUUGCUUUAAUUGGCCAGUGAUGUCUGCCUUGUGAAUUGGCUUUAUAGUCUCCCAGUCCAGCUCCAGGACAGCCAGCCCCUCCCCAUUGCCUCUCUCCAAUUCCAGGAGCCUGGCUGUCUCUAGUGAGGAGCGGAGGUUCAGAUUUAGAGGGAGGGAAAGUCUGACCUGUGUGAUGACCUGUAACCAGCUGAAGGCAGUGGGCUUUUGUGGUGUGCUGAGGAUGGGGGUGGGGGAGAGGCUGGAAAACUCAGAAUAGAAAUGCCCUAGAGGGACACAAGCCCAAUGUUCAGAGGCCAAACUGCUCUCCUAAUUCACAAUUCCCAGUAGGCAUUUCUAGAAGCCAGUGAGCAGAUCUGGAAAGGAGCAUCCUCCCAUCCAGUUACUGACUCCCCAGUGAGGCUGGGGCAGGGGGUGGGGGUGGGGGCUCUCCGCCUGGCCCUGUGUCUCUGUCUCAAAGUCUGGCUGUGCUGUGCGGUUGUCCCCAGUGGCCUUGUCUUGCUCAAUCAGAGGUGGAAAAAGAUCACCUCCCGGUGACCUCCCUCAGGCCCCAAGGGAUGGGCUGUGUCCAGAGCUAUGUGGCAGAGCUUGUUGCCAGGGCCUGGAGAGGCCCAGCUGGCCUGCCUUGCAGCCCCAGCCACAGACCCAAGCCCAACCCUGAGAAUGGCGGGGAGUGGGUAUGGGAGACAGUCUAGCCAGGCCCCUGUCUGCCCCAAGCUUUCCAGGAACUAGGCAGUGAAGUCACUCUGACCAUCCUGGUCAGCUAGGAGAACAGUGCUCCAACGAGAGCUUUCCUUUCUGGGGACUUGAAAGGGAGUGGGGUACAGGUACCUGGAGUAGCCAAAGCCGCCAGUCCUCACGGCGCUGCAGGACUUUGAGGAGUCAGUACGGUGACCACCAUCCUCCUGGUGGGACAAACUGUGGCUCUAUGAAGAUGAGGACCGUUGGAGGCAGGCUAUCCUGGCCUGAUACCCUGGUAGGACAGGGUGGACCCACAGGCGUUCUGCGUUUCCUGGGGUUCCUGUGAGCUAGCUGCAGGCCUACGGGACAGAGGCUCGCGGGAACAGCAGAACAAAGCUGGGCUCUUCCAUACAUGCCUAGCUUUGGCCAAGGUGCUAUGAGGUAUGCGGCCCCAGGCUUGCACUGCCCCUCUUUCUACAGAUGGUCCACCCCAUCUCUGGGUCCACAGGAACUGACAGGGGAGACCCAGUGAGAUGUAGCAUUUCAUUCACCCCCAGUUUGGUUGCCCUGGGGUCUGGGCAUUCUGCCUUCAGGAGAGGAAUGGGGACCAUUAUUUUUUAACCUGUACAUAAUAUUUGGCUUUUUUGUUCUUUACGUGUAUACAUGUGUAAAUAUCCUCUCCCUCAUCAACUGGUACAGUUUUUAAUAAAAAACAUUUAAAGCAAA